GGGGGAAAGAGGAUAAUGCUCUUAGCUUGAAGCUGGACAUCCCACAGGUACAACCUGGUCUUGCCCUGUUUCAGGAAUACCACCUUGAGACCAAAGGAAGUCUUACCAUCUUGAACGAGUGCCUCUAUCCUAAAAAAGACUGCUGUGUUCUUAGAUGUUUUGGAUAAAUUGCUGAAUAGAGGAAAUUAUUAUAUAUAUUUCAGUCACUGCUGAAAAUAGAAGUCUUUCUGCUUUGAUACUUGACUACCUUGUUAAAUAUUUGAGCCAGUAACAGGAGUUGCAUGUUUCUUGAGAAACACAAAGACCCUUGUUGAAGGUUCCUGCUCUGGUUCCUGUUUCAGAAUAAUGAAGCGACAUCUUCAGCUCUUCACUUUAUGAGAAGGUCCUUGAAAAGGCACCUACCAGGAGUCCAGGUGCCCUUGGUUACUGCGGAAAAGCAGAUCACUGAAUGACAAGUCAGCAUGAUGAAAGAUUAUUGAGAGAUUAACGUAAUAAAAACUGCAGGCUCUGCUGAGACGGAUCAGAGUGGGUUUAGAAUGUUUAUAAUUUAGGCUGCUAUACUUGUUUUUUCUACAUCAUGGACACAGAUUCUUACACAAAGGGCUUUGUUUUGCCUGUUGAUGCUGUUACAAAGUAGGUUAAUAGUACUUGAGGAUAAUGGCUGGGCUAGCCAAGACCUUUAGCAUUUUAGAUUAAAAUUCCUUGGGACCAAGGUAUGGAGGAAAUUCUAGUGACCAACUUCAGCUUUUUAAAAAAUUUUGCGAUAGUUUAUUUCUUUAGUUGUGUUGCCUGCUCUUCUGCUUCAGCCUGCAGAGGGAAGAAGAGAAAGCGAAGGUACCUGCUGUGCAGGGGUCCUGUCGCGCUGUUCUGCUGCUGAAGGUGGCGCUGCCCUUGAAGUGGGUUCGGGAGGGGGUGGGGUGGGUGGGUGUCUUUCUCCAGACACGAGGUGCGGUGCGUUUGGAAGCUCGUGUUAUAGAGAAGCUGCUUCCAGCCUGCCCUGAGGAUGUUUGCAACGUGCGUGUACCCUCAGAGGAGCAGCAUGUAGCACAGGAAUGCUCACUCCUCUCCAGAAGGACUAAUAAUCCCCCAGUGGCAGCAGCACAAACUCUUCAAACAACUCGGAUUUCUCCUUUUUGCUUUUGCACUGUGUGACUGAAUAGAACACGUUGGUUUUGUGGGUUGUGUUCUCUUAAUUCCCACAAUCAGGAUCUGUCUUUCCUUCAGCAACACAGGCACAUGAGAAUUGCUCUGUUUGGGGCUGGCUGGUUUGUGUUUGCCAGAGUCGAUUAAACACAGCAGUGAUUAAGGUCUCCAAAUAAUCCACCUCCAGUUAAUGAAAUGUUGCUGGAAAUUGGAAAACACUGAAAAAGCUGUGGAACACUCAUUCGUGUUCGUUUUUUUUUUUAAUUAUUUGUGUGCCCAGGCCACUAUAUUCAGGCAAAUGUUGAUGAUUGCAAAAAUCAAGCUUUGAUUUGUGACUCAAGACUGCCUGAGAUGAAGGGUGCUGUUCAGGCCGGCAAGUGGAGAGGAUAUUGUGUGAUCUUUCUAAUCACACUCACAGAUGCAGCCUGGAGGAAAGCUACAGCUGUUUGUGCAGCUUGCAAGCCAAAAAUUACACACAUUUUUGUGCAUAAUACCAAGACCAAAUUCAUGGGGUGGGAGCGGAGAGUAGGAAGCUAUUCUUGGGACAUUCAUGAGCAGAAAAGCCAAAUUGAUUGGAGUCUCUGUUUGUGUGUCUUACAUCUUGAAUGUUGUGCCUCACUCUCUAAACAAAUUAAAGAGGGGAGGUGUAGUAGCUAGGAACAUAUUGUUUUGGAUCAGCAUGCCAAUGGGAUGCUGGUGAAGCAAUAAUGGAUAAACUGCUUAGUGAUUUUGAGAAGAAUACAUUGUUCUCAAUGUUUGGUAGUCCUUCAUAAUGGCAUCUAUUUAUAGAGAGACUCAGUUUGAGCUUUUAUAAGCUUCUUUUUUCAUAAAUGACUCUUGUCUCUUCAGCUUCUUAUUAGGCUGGAUGGCUUGCAACCCUAGGAAGGAGAAGAUAGAGACAGAGCUUUAGGAUAAAGCUGCCUUGAGUAGCUGUCCUGGUCUAUGUACGUCUCUAGUCCUUACAAAGCAUGUGAGCAUGACAUUGUAGACCUUUUCACUGACGAUCUGGGCUUCCUUAGGUAAUGCUUUAUGUUGCUGACUUAACCACUUUCCAGUUGAAUCUUAGCCCAGGUGCAAUAUUUGCUCUUAGAGGCAGAUUAAUUCUUGAAAUCCUGGAUGGACGCAACUGGAGACGCGCUUUCAAAUCCCCUACAAAUUGUCUUCCUUGCUUGAUAAGAGGUUAGUGAUUCUCUCUGGUAGAUGUGAAGAAACAUAGGACACGGCUGUGUGGAAAAUUCAUCUUUCUUCAGUGGUUUAGGAAUUCACAUCUUCGUCCUGUGGCAGCUCCUGUGGUGUCUGGAACACAGCAAGGACCUUUUGGAGCAGAAAAGCUUCAUUCAUCUCCAGUCACAUAUUCAUCUUUCACCAUGAGCUGCCCCGAGCCUCAAAAGACAGGGACGAGUGGGAAGAAUGCCAGUUCUCCUCCUAAACAAGUUAUCUUCAAAAAAAGCACCCGCGACAAAGCUCUAACCAUCUAUCUGGGAAAGCGGGACUUCAUUGAUAACGUAGGGAAUGUGGAACCUGUAGAUGGUGUUGUGUUGGUGGAUCCUGCAAUUAUCAAGGGGAAAAAAGUGUAUGUGUCCCUGACCUGUGCUUUCCGGUAUGGCCAGGAAGACAUUGAUGUGAUUGGCCUCACCUUCCGACGGGACCUGUUCUUCUCCAGGGUCCAGGUGUACCCGCCUGUUGACAAGCCAGAGACUCUCUCCCACUUGCAGGAAUCUCUGCUAAAGAAGCUGGGGAAAAAUGCUUAUCCCUUUUUCUUUACAUUUCCAGAUUACCUGCCCUGUUCAGUCUGUCUGCAGCCUGCACCUCGUGAUGUUGAUAAGAGCUGCGGGGUGGACUUUGAGGUGAAAGCUUUCUCAACAGAGAAUGUGGAAGAGAGAAUUCACAAGAGGAACUCUGCACGCCUGCUGAUCCGUAAGGUGCAAUAUGCUCCCGAAAAGCCAGGACCCCAACCUUGUGCGGAGACCACCUGGCAGUUCUUCAUGUCCAACAAGCCGUUACACCUGAAAGCUUCUCUGAGUAAAGAGGUGUACUACCACGGUGAGCCCAUUCCAGUCACUAUCACCGUCAACAACAGCACAGAGAAAACAGUGAAGAAGAUCAAAGUCCAGGUGGAGCAGGUUGCCAAUGUGGUUUUGUACUCCAGUGACUACUACACAAAAGUGGUAGCUGUUGAGGAAGCACAGGAAAAGGUGCAGCCCAACAGCAGCCUGACCAAGACACUGACACUUUUGCCCUUGCUUGCAAAUAACCGGCAGACCCGGGAAAUAGCUCUGGAUGGAAAGCUAAAGGAUGAGGACACCAACUUGGCUUCUAGUACCAUUAUUAAAGAUGGAAUAGACAAGACAGUGAUGGGGAUUCUGGUUUCCUACAAGGUCAAAGUGAAGCUCACUGUUCCAGGCAUGCUGGGAGACCUCACUUCCAGUGAAGUGGGCACAGAGCUGCCGUUUCGUCUCAUGCAUCCCAAACCUGAGGAAAAGAACCCAGCAGUGAAGCAGAGCUGGUAUUUGAGGAGUUUGCUCGUCAACAGCUCAAAGAUAUGCUUGAUGAUGAAGACAAGAAUAUGUCCUCAACUGACGAGUGACUAAAAGAACAAGCUGCCAGAGAAGCUAUGUAGGCUGGCAUCAAUUAGAAAUUUAGGACCUACUUUUCUAGUAAACUGCACGUUCUCAGUGCAUGCAUAGUCUUCCAGGGAUCAGCCCUGAGGUCAGUGGACAUAAAAUCAUGAAUCUAUUGCUUAUUAAAAAUUUUCAGCUCUAGAAUGUAGGAAACUCAAAACCUGAUGCUUUACUCAAGCUCCCAGAGGAGGACAGGAAGGCUGCCAUGCCAUGACUUCUGCUUUUAAGGCUGUCUAAUAAAAAGGUUGGUUGUUUUCACCGCUGAAAUUGUUUUUACUCGCUGUCAGAGUCUCCGACUUCAAAAUGCUGCUGAACCAAGCCCUGGUCUGAAAGGCUGGCUUGCAGCCUUUGGUGAUUCAUUGAAGUUUCUCAGUGGACUGUACAAAACUGAUUUUAUUUCCUUUCUGUUGCUUUUUUGUUUAUGCUUUACCAAACUGAUCUAGUGAAUAUUCUCAGUGUUUGCACUGAGUGGCUUACGUCUGCUUUCUGUACAAAUGUCUUGCAAGUCAUCUUCAAGAGCAGUUAUUGUACUGAGAUACAAUGUUAGCUUUCUACCAAUGUGCUUAACAACCGUGUUAUUAAAGACGAGAGAAAUGUGCAUGGAUUCCUUAACAAACCUCCUCCCUGUAUACAACCCCAAUCAGAGAACUGCUAGUCCAGACUGAUCCUGUAUUUAAUCUAGUUUCCUGUAUGCAACAGGGCUUCAGAAAAGGGUGCAGUAAAAUUAAAGAGGAAAUUAAGGGACACCCUGCCCUGAGGAGCCUUUUUCAACAUCCAUCUGCCAGAGGUCCGUUUAUGCUCCAAGAAAUGCGAUUGUGUUCAGCAAACUUUGUUCCCUCUUGUUGAUCUGGAUAUUCUCAUUAUCCAUGUAAAUGUCUAAUCUCUUCCUGAAUCUCACUUAGAUUUUUGGCUGAAGUUAGUUGCAUCAGCUAAUUACAUUUUGCAUGUAAAACAACUGUGUUUUCUUUUUUUUUUUUCUUUCCCCUAAAUCUGCUUUUUAGAGUCUCUGGUUUAAAUUCUCCUGGAAAGUCUGAAGCAGGGCUUACAUCUAUUAAUAAAACGUACAUUUCCCACCCUAUGCACUGGAAAAUGGAAUUAAGAGCUUCCCACUCAUGUUAGUUAACAAUGGUGUCCUUCUAACAGAAGAAAAUGAGGGAGACAUUUUUGAGGUGUCCAUUUGGUCCUGGUGCCAGCCUGCUGCGAGUGUGUUGUUCUUCCAUCCCGCUUCAGUCUGCAGAGACUUUGCAAGCUAAGCCUGCCCACUACCUGCCUCAGGCCACUUUUCAUACCUAUAGCAAGCCAAAGCAGCCUGGUUUGGAGAAAAGCAUGUGCUGUGCUCUGCCAUUUCUGCACAAUUGUUCUAUAUAUGGGCCUCAUUUUUUGAGCAGAGCUUUGUUUGUUUUUUUCCUUAUUUGCACCAUCGUGGUUGCAAGCCCUGCUCUUACACGUGGUCCAAAGGCUUUAACCAAACAGCUUUAUAUCUGGCCUCUAACACUUAUAAAUAGCUUGGGUUAAAAGUAAAUGCUUCUGCUUUGCUUCUGUAAACUGGUCUUGGUCACUGAAAGCAGUGAAUUAACACCACAGCUUGAUGUUGCAAUUCCAUCAGUGCUCUCACCUGCCAGUUGGUGUGUUUGGCUCCAUCAGUCUCAGCUGUUUCAGGUGAGAUUGCAAGAUCUUUGCUCUUUCUGUGCAACUGGGGCUUUGCUGUAAAGAAACCCAGUGGCCAUUUCAAGGUGUUUGUGGUCAGUGUAAUUUGUGUGUGAUUUCAGCUGUGGGUCUGGGGGAGGGUUGGGCAUUUGCACCUGGAUUUCUGGGAAGGUUUUUUGAAGGAUUGCCCUGGUAUUUUUAUUACUAACUUUUUGGUGGCUUGAGAACACGCUGAUACAGUGAGAUUUAGCAAAUUGCUGGUCCUAGAGAACUGGUAUUCAGGAAAACCUUUAAAGAUGCUGAGGGGGAGAGGGGACAGUGUGUGACAGCCUUCCAGAUUUGCUUCAAAGUGUGGCUGCCUCUGCACAGGGGUUUCCUUCAGUGUUCCUGGCUACUGCACCUGUAAAUAUGGGACUAGCAAGCGUAGAGGCCUGAUUACUUUUUAAUUUACUUUUUUAUUUUCCUCUUGUAUAUCAACCUGGUGAGGUGCCUCCAUCACUGCCCCACUUUCCUCUCAAAUUCAUCUGCGGCGAUGACUUUUGUAAGCAAACUGUAUAACAAAAUGACAGUGCGCUCUGCUGAGCAAAGGUUAUUAAAUCUGUUAUUUUGCCAGGGCUCAGGAGAGCACUUCCAGGCUUUGACCGCUUGUUUAGCCUAUGCUGGAUGUUUGCUCAUUUAAUGGUUCCUUCAGCUCCUCGUCUUGCGGGCCAGGCUGGAAUUUUAUUCUUCUGCCCUUCAGUCAGCAGAUGCUGAGCUCUGUCAGCAGAAAAGAGGUGUCUAGCUGGAGCUGUUUGCCUUUUAUAUAUAUAUAAUUUUUUUUCCUGGUUCUGAUGUUAUGUUGAUCUUCCACCAAGUCAGACCUGUACCCUGCUACUCCUAUUUAUGGGUGGGGGAGAGCGAUCCCAUUUCCUGACCCGGUGCC